UCCAACCUCAACUUCCCCUCUUUCAUUUUGGACCCAUCACCCCUUGUCCUGUCACUAUAGUCACUGAUGAAUAGGGUCGAUUUUACAGGUCUCUCUGUUCAUGUGCAGUUAAUACCAUCUGCCAGUUCCACAUAACUGGGACACAUACCAGAGAACAACAGAACAGGGAAGCUUUAACUGACGUGAAAAGUAGCUCAUUUCUUGCUCUGGGUGAGCAGAUUAAACAUGGCAUUGCACAAUCUCUAGCCACACAGAAGGUGACGUCUGCCUGGAGUGUUAUCUGCUGCUGCAGUUGGGAGUUAUGAAUGAGCUCCCUAAUCCAUUGACAUAAAUGUUGUGACAGCACUUGCAAACCUCCCUGUAGUCUGUUGCUUUUGGAGAAGUCACUUGGCCAGGGGUGACUGGCUCAUACAGGCUCAGGAGGUGGAAGUUUAGGAUAGCAAAGGCCUUUUAUACAAACAGGGGGUUUAGAAAAAGACUUUACUGCAUGUGCUGGGAAAGGAAUCGUCAGAGGUUUCAAAAGUUGCUUAAUUUCUUGUAACUUUGUUCAGGAAUAGAAAAGAAAUAUUGAUUAUUUAAAUGUCCAUAAGUGCCAAUUUGCUGUUACAACAUAAUUUGUUAAAUCUAUGGAAUUUCUCUAAUAUAAGUGCACAAUGUUGGUUUUUUUCUAUGAGCUGUUUUCUAUAGGGAUCUACUUUGUUGUUCUUCCUUUCAGACAGUCCAAGUUGUAAAUAUGAAAAAUCAUUGUGUCCUUCAGUGAUCUUCAGCUCAGAUGAUGCAGGGAGAUUUGUGGAACAGGUCAGCUUUAGUAUAAAGCACCUCAAAACCAGAAGCUCUUCUCUUAGGAAACGCAGCCAACUCCUCGCGUCACGAAGGCCCAGCAUGAAUGUGAACUGUGCUGGUGGCACAGACUGGCCAAGAAAGCUGGAGUCCAGUUGCUCUGUGGGAAACACAACUGUAACAGUCCAGGAGUCAGAAGAAAGUAACGUGGUGUUAGGAGGUCACAGCCCGGCUGCAGCUCCCAGGACUGAGGGUUUAGAUCCUGAAUGCCGACACACUCCCUGUGCAGUAAGUCCCCAGCUCAGCAGCAUGUUAUCUGCUCCUGAAGACACUCACAACUGCCAUUUCCAAGAUGGAAAUAAGAGACAGUCGGAAUAUUUUACCACCCAGGAACGCCAUGGGUGCUGCACCUUGUCCUCAAGCAGCAGUUCACAGACAGUGGCUCCAGAGAAGGUGACGCUCGUGGUAGAUGGCACUCGCUUUGCAGUGAAUCCACAGAUUUUCACUGCUCACCCUGACACCAUGCUGGGAAGAAUGUUUGGACCAGGAAGAGAAUACAAUUUCACCCGGCCAAAUGAAAAGGGGGAAUAUGAAAUCGCAGAAGGAAUCAGCUCAGCUGUGUUCCGGACUGUGCUGGAUUAUUACAAAACCGGGAUCAUUAACUGCCCUGAUGGGAUUUCCAUCCCAGACCUUCGAGACACAUGUGAUUACCUCUGCAUAAACUUUGAUUUCAACACAAUCAAAUGUCAAGAUUUAAGUGCUCUGUUACACGAGCUCUCCAACGAUGGUGCUCACAAGCAGUUUGACAGCUACCUGGAGGAGCUCAUUCUGCCCAUAAUGGUGGAUAGUGCAAGGAAAGGGGAACGUGAAUGUCAUAUUGUCGUGCUGACAGAUGAAGACACCGUGGACUGGGAUGAAGAUCAUCCACCUCCGAUGGGAGAGGAGUACUCACAAAUCCUUUACAGCUCCAAGCUGUACAGAUUCUUCAAGUACAUCGAGAACCGCGAUGUGGCAAAAGCUGUGUUAAAGGAGCGGGGCCUGAAGAACAUUCGCAUUGGCAUUGAAGGGUAUCCCACCUGCAAAGAGAAGGUGAAGAGGAGGCCUGGUGGCCGCUCAGAAGUCAUCUACAACUACGUUCAACGGCCCUUCAUCCAGAUGUCAUGGGAGAAGGAAGAGGGCAAAAGCCGUCACGUUGACUUCCAGUGUGUUCGGAGCAAAUCCCUCACAAACCUUGUCACUGUGGGUGAUGAUGUUUCAGAGGACCAGGAGGUUAUAAUGCAUCACCCCCCACAGGUAGAUGAACUGGACAGGCUGAAUGCACCCUUCUCCCAAAUGGCUGUGAAUGAUCUACCAGAUUAGUGGUGGCUCAGGGGGAUGGUCCUGCUGAUGUGGGAACUUCUUGGCAUAGUUCCAUCCCUGGUGAUGGAACACAGACUCUUGCAAGGUGCUUUAUCCUCGUUCCUGCUCUUAUUACAUUGUCAUACUUCAAGCAUGUUAAUAAAGAGCCACACUUCAUGGUCUAAUUGUGCAAUCAAAAGCAACAUCUCCUCAAACAAGAAGAAACGAUGCUGUUUGUUUCUACUUCAAAGGCUUCCAGAUUGGCGGGUGCUGAAUAUUUUACCUGAACUUCUAAAAGAAGAUUAGAAGUGUUUUGAAACAUCUUGUUUGACGUGAGAGAGGAAAUUCUGGGCCUGUCAAGACAAAGCUUUCCUUUAUCAUUAGGCACUUAGCUUUGCUUUUGUGAUACAUCAGUUACAAAGGACCCAGCAUCAAAGCAGGACAGAUGAUGCUCUUUCAUCAACCAGCAGAAAUGUAGCACAGUUGGGACAGCAAAAUCCUGUGUGGAGGAAUGUGUUUACACUGCCACCUGGCUCUGCAUCCAGUGUUGUACUGCUGUUCUGGGCAAGGAUGGACAAGUUCAAUAGGAAGCAUAUGCCUGUUGACAGGAAUUGCCCAUAUAUACUUCUCCAUAGGAUGGAAUCGUCGUUUUUAGGAAUGUUGUCUGUUAAGUUCAGCAGAACGAGUAGAUCAUACUGAAGGAAAAAGCAAAAAAAGAAGAGACUGUAGUUGAUAUUUUACCAACAAAGUAAAUCUGUUUAGUAGCCUAAUAGAUGUAAGAAGCUUUCUAGAAGUGACUGCAUGCUAAAGACUAUCAGUUGUCUCCUCCAUCCCCCUGCUAAGACAAAAGUGGAGGAGCUCCCAGUACAGACAGUUUACUACCUGAGUAAAUUCCUUGGUCUCAUCCACCUUAGUCAGUCAGUAUUUCUGUAGGCUCUCCCAGGAGCAUUCUACUGGUGCAGCUUUAAAAGGCCAGCUACUCUCUUCCCAGUUUGGAACUGGCUGGACCAUUUUGCUGUCAGGCAGGUAAGAAACAGCAAUGGUAAAUUAGCCUUCAGCAGGGAAAAACACACAUACCUGGGAACAACACUCCUUUGCUGCUCUGAUUAUAGUAUCCUAGUCAUGGUUAAGGCUCUGUUCAUUUUGGAUUCAGAGCCACCAAAGCUGUGACUGUAAGUAGAGACACACUCCAGGCUGGUUUAGCUCAGUUACAUCGGAGCCAACUGGUCCUGUUCCUGCAGUGUGGAGGUACCUGUAGGCUUCAUUAAACCCCUGAGUAGCACACAGUGAGUUCAGAACCACCACAACCAAGCAGCACAUCAACCAUAACAGGCCUCUGGUUGUUCUGAUGACUGUGUAGAGGUUUUACAUACUCAAAGCAGAGUUAAACAUGGUGCAAAGAAAAGCUGAAACCCAGUCAAAGGGAGGGAGAGAGUUCCCUUGCAAGGUUGUUAAGUUCAGGUCAGUUCUGCUCUUGCAGUUGGCUGCUGUUGAAUCCUGUAUCACUUACACAUUGAGUUACCUGGUCAUAGUUGGCAAAAGAGAGGUAGGUACCCUGCCCUUGGAAGGUUUAAUCCUUUGUUGCCAGGGUUGUAUCAUAAAGCAAAUCUUGUGUUAUUCUCCAUCUGUCUGCAAAGUGUAUGGUAGACACAGCACUGAAGUUACUGUUUGCUGCUACGGAUGUUUGGGUUUUCAGUGUAAGUACCAUGACAAUAUCAAACACAGAUUUUCCUGAAGGAUUAUGAGUUGUUUUAGUUACAAGGAACAAAAUCUCUGCCAAGGCAUCAACUUGCUGAUAUAUUUAGCUCCCAUUUGUAUGGAUACAGGUUCUAUUCUUUGCAGUGUUUCUGUUCUUAGCUUCUUUUCCUAAGUGCAGCAAAUAGCUUUCUUCUUUUUCUAAGUGCCUAUGGGAAGGUUUCCAGAAGUGCUUCAGGACCUCCUGAGGGUCCCAGUGGUUCAGACGCCCAGGUCCACCUGAUGCCUUCCGCAAAAUCCUCCCUGUGUGUCAGUGGAUCAGGAUAGAGAAGUGUCCUGCAGUAUCAGCACAGAGGUGGUAGCAAUCACUUCCCGUUCUUGCUCUAGAUGAAUUUCUAUUUUUGUAGUAGAGAAAGGAAGACAUAUGGACCAUCAACUCUCUAGCUAAGGGCCAGACCAAGCCCAUUACCUGCCGUUUCCACAAGUCAAAGGCACUGGUGAGACUCUGCCCAGCAGUGAUGGAGCUUGGCCCCAGGACCUAUGGAUUCUGGUUUUUCUGUAUGUAUUUAUUUUUACAGCAGUGUAAGUUUGAAGUAAAUGUCUGUUGGUAUUGACCAGCUGACUCACAACUGGAGUUUACACAUGUUCUAUUCUAUGGACCUGAAAGGUGCGUGGUGGUGAGCUACAGGAUUGUGUCAAAGCAUCUGAUUUCGAUGGGACCUGACAGCCAAGUACCAUAUUCAGCCAGAACAAGCCCCUCCAGUGUCCAUCCCUGAGCCCAGCAUCAGCAAACCUCUUGAAGGAUUUGGCCAGUUUAGUAGGACAGUGGUCACAGGGACUUAACUGCAACAGGCCAUUGCCUGAGAGUUGGAGACUGUCAAUGCCUUGUUGGAGCUUGUUGGUACUCUGGGUAAUCAAUUGGACCUUCAGCAUGGGAUGGAGGUAUCCAGCUUCCAUCAUUUCCACACUGUUUUUACCCCUCCCAAAGCCCACUGUAGUUUAUUGGCCUUCCCAAGUAACUUAAGAUGAAUUUUGUUUUUUUUGGUAGAGUGAAUUCUAUUGGAACACUAAAUCAAACUGAAAAAUAGGCAUUUGCUUUUCCUCCUCCUCUCAUGGUCACCUACUUCAGGUACAGCGUCAAGUUUUGUCUUAUUCUAGAUCUACUGCAGUGUUACCUGUGGUGUGUGUGAACUACAGCUGUAUGGUUUCUUUUCUGUAUUAAAGUAUAAAUUAUACCUGG